AAGUUUUAAAUAUUCAAAUUGCAAUUACAAUCAAAGGUGAAAUGCGUUUUUCAAUAUUAAAUUGUUGGAAAUGGAUUGUGUUAUGGAUAUCACCACCACUUCUAUCGUCACUUUUUCUUUACUCCACAGAAAAGGAGGUGAAAUGUGUGUUUGUUGUCUUACUUAUGAUCAUCUAUUGGUUAACAGAAGCGGUUCCCUUAGCCAUCACCGCUUUACUGCCAAUGUUUCUCUACCCCUUAUUAGAGAUCAUGUCUACAAAACAAGUUGCCUCCACUUAUAUCAAUGACACACUUAUGGUAUUCUUAGGCAGUAUUAUAUCGACAGUAGCCAUAGAGCAGUCAAACCUUCAUCAAAGAAUUGCAUUAAGAAUAUUAAUGCUUUUCGGAACGUCUCCUAUUUGGCUUUUGUUGGGCUUUAUGUGUACGACAUCUUUCAUAUCGAUGUGGAUCUCAGAUACGGCUACCACUGCUCUAAUGGUUCCCAUUAUUGAAGCCGUUAUCCUCAAUAUUAUGGAACAGAAAAAGAGCACUUUAUCCACGAUUACACACAAUAACAACAAUAAUAAUGAUUUGACUUUAAAUGGAAAUCUCGAUCCAAAAGAAGUGGAAGCGAUUGAAAAUCGGAGGAAAAAUUCAUUUAAAAUGGAAAGGGAUUCCAAUAAAGAUGAAAAAGCAUUCAAACUAAUGAGAAGAGUGUUGUUUCUUUCGGUCACAUUCUCAUCAUUAAUCGGAGGCACCGGCACUCUUACCGGCACCACAACUAACCUUAUAUUUAAAGGAAUGGUCACAAAUCUCGAAGGCGAUAACAUAACUUUUGCCAAUUGGAUGCUGUUUGCCAUUCCGGGUCUUAUUAUAUGCGUGCUCUUAGUCUGGGUUUUCAUGACUCUCGUCUUUGUACGCAAAUUUCCAAAGUCUGACAAUGAAAAGGUUGGGUCGUUUAUCCGAUCAAAAUACAAUUCUUUGGGUCCCGUUUCGUUUCACGAAAUAGCAGUUCUCAUCAUGUUUUCAUUUCUAUUGACACUAUGGUUUUUUAGAGAUCCAGACUUUUUCAAGGGCUGGGCGCCUGCCCUUCACCCCAAAGAAUCCAACUAUAUAAACGAUGCUUCGGCAGCCAUGUUCAUAGUGUGCAUGAUGUUUGUGAUUCCGGCCAAUCCACGGGAUUUACAGAACUCCAAACCAUUGAUGACAUGGAAAGCGGUGAACGAGAAAGUGCCCUGGGGUGUUUUUCUCCUUAUGGGAGGUGCAUUUUCCAUGUCAUCGGGCAUCAAGGAAUCGGGUCUCUCGAAAGUGAUUGGCCGUCAUUUGAAUGAACAUUUGAGCGGUUUGUCUCCACUUGUACUGCAAAUAGUUGUGUGCACUUUAAGUAUGUUCUUCACUGAAGUGUCGAGCAAUGCGGCCACGAGUACUAUAUUCCUGCCAAUUGUCAAACAUUUGGCCGAAUCCCUACACAUAAGUCCCUUAAGAUUUAUGCUUCCGGUGACAGUUGUCUCUUCGUUUGCAUUCAUGUUUCCCGCGGGCUCUCCCAGUAAUGCCAUUGUAUACGAGGCCGCGAACCUAAAAGUACCUGAAAUGGCAAUUCCGGGUAUUUUUUGUAAAUUCAUUUGCCUAUCAGUGGUCAUAGGAAUGUCUAAUAGUUGGGCUUAUGUUGUGUAUAAUAUGCAUGAUUUAGAACCAAAUGCAUUCAAUACAACACUUCAGACCACUGUAUUGUAAAUUAAAAUUUUAAAUAAUUUUUAGUUAACUAAUGAUAACCUAAAUU